AGUAAAAAAGUGGAAAUCAUUGCUGUUUACUUGAUCUAAGGCUUACAGAAGUGUGCUAUAAUCAAACAGACUUUCCCUCAAGAAGCCCAAUUAUGUUAUUGGGUUUAUGAAUUGGUCUGUUUGGCAAUCAGGUUGGACUAGUCCUACUACUUGGAUGGGACUAGUUCCACGGCCUCCUGGUGUCUUCCCUCUCUGUUCAUAGUUCAUACAGACGACUUCCCAUUCAACCAUUCAACCAUUCAAAUUUCUGUUAAUUUUUUCUUUUUUGGUAAUUUUUCUAUAUUUCAUGUAUUUAACGCUUGCAAGAAUCCGAAGAUUCAAUUUAAUAUAGAAAACAACAGAGGAAGCAAAUUUCAAAAUUCUAUUGCAGACCAUAUACUCGCGCCAUAAAUGAGUUGGCUUAACCACCUGAGCAGGCUCGCCAACGGCGUCUCUUUAGUGGUCAAAGAAAUCGCCAAUCGUUCACAGGCAAUCGAGAGUGCAAGAGCCGGAGAUUUUGAAACCCUAAUUACUUCAUCACUUAAAAAAGCCAUAGUUACAGCCACCGAUAUUUCGGGUCUGACGAAAGGAACGGUUCGCGAGGUCUCCAACCCUAAGACCAAAGAAUCCGUAGUUUUUUUUAAUAAUGAUACUGACGUGUCCGAUACGACGCCGGCGCAACAACUACGAAGUGAUGAAAAUGAAUGUGGGGUUGAUGAAAAUGUAUCAUCUACUGGCGGUCUUUCUUCUGAUUCGGUGAAAUCGGAAUCUGAAGUUGUUGAGUAUCCUGUAGAGAAUGAAGGUUCUGUUAUAGAAUGUAAUUCGAAUAAUAUAGGUCCUAAGACCAAUGCUGAUGUUGGGGUAGCAGUUCAGGUGGCGCCAGAGAAGAGGCGAAGGCCGAGAGAAAGGAAAGUUCCAUCCACGCCUUUUUCUAGAUUAAUUGGGUUUGCUGGUCUAGGAGCUGGUCUAGCAUGGGGAACAAUUCAGGAAUCAACCAAGAGGAUUGUCUAUGGUUCACCAGGCUCACAAGACAAGCAAUCUGUGCUUUCACCAUUUUUAUCCGAUAAAAAUGCAGAACGUUUAGCUCUGGCUCUAUGUAGAAUGCGUGGAGCAGCACUCAAAGUAGGGCAGAUGUUGAGCAUACAAGAUGAAUCUCUCGUUCCUGCUCCGAUCUUAGCUGCUCUGGAUAUUGUUCGUCAAGGUGCUGAUGUAAUGCCAAAGUGGCAGCUGAACCAAGUUUUGGAUUCCGAAUUAGGUCCUGAUUGGCAGUCCAAGUUGACUAGUUUUGAUUAUGAACCAAUGGCUGCUGCAAGCAUAGGCCAGGUUCACCGAGCUGUCACGAAGGAUGGUAUGCAGGUUGCAAUGAAAAUUCAAUACCCUGGUGUGGCAGAUAGCAUUGAAAGUGACAUUCAGAAUGUAAAAAUAUUGUUAGACUAUACAAAUCUAAUUCCAAAGGGACUUUAUCUUGAUAGUGCCAUGAAGGUGGCUAAAGAAGAAUUAUCUCGUGAAUGUGACUAUGAGCUGGAGGCAGCUAAUCAGAAACGGUUCUGCAAUAUGCUUUCCAAUUCGAAAGGGUUUUAUGUUCCCACUGUUGUGGAGGAUAUAUCAAGCAAAAGAGUUUUAACAACAGAACUUGUUUCUGGUAUUCCAAUUGAUAAGGUGGCACAACUAAACCAGGAAACUCGUAAUUAUGUCGGGAGAAAGUUGCUGAAACUCACUUUAAUGGAGCUGUUUGUCCACCGCUUCAUGCAGACUGAUCCUAAUUGGAGUAAUUUCUUAUACAAUGAGGCUACAAAAACGAUCAAUCUCAUUGACUUUGGUGCUGCUCGAGAAUAUCCUGAAAGCUUUGUUGAUAACUAUCUAAGAAUGGUUCUGGCCUGCGCAAAUGGCAACAGAGAUUCUGUGAUUGAGAUGUCAAGGAGACUUGGGUUCCUAACAGGAAUGGAAAAUGAGAUUAUGUUGGAGGCUCAUGUGCAGGCAGGUUUUGUGGUGGGAUUGCCGUUCUCAAAGUCUGGUGGGUAUGACUUCCGGUCCUCCAAUAUUAUCCAAAGCAUGUCAAACCUUGGGUCAACAAUGCUGAGACACAGACUCACACCACCCCCUGACGAGGCAUACAGUCUUCAUCGGAAGCUUUCAGGUGCUUUCUUAGCUUGCAUUAAGCUGGGGGCUGUUGUUCCGUGUAGGGAACUUCUACUCCAAGUGUAUGAUGAUUAUCAUUUCGGAGGAAAUAGUGGUGAGAAAUUGUCAAGCGGCUCAUUGUCAUAGGUAUUUCUUUCAAAAAUUUUACUGAUUAUGUUAGGUAAUGAUGAUUUGGGAUCAAUGUUCCAUCCUACCCCGCUUUUUUAUGAAAUUACUUCAUUACCCCGUAAUUUCAGUGGGCUGGCUGUUUGUUGUUAAGCAAUUGAGUCAUCAAUUAUUUUUAUUUAUUAGUCAUAUUUUUGUUUCUUUGUAAAGGACUAGAGAUAGAGAAUAUAUAAUAAUAUUUUUCAGAAAAUUCAACAAUUUUUGUAUU